UCUUCAUCGUUUCACAAACAAGGAAGAGUCGUUUAGUCGAUGUUUGGUGGUCAACAAUGGGUGCGAAGAAGUCCUGCGGGAUUUUGCUGAGCUUUUUCUGCAUAAUCGUGAGCACCUCCUGCUCUUCCGAUGUGUUCGAUGGUAUUUUGGGAAACACGGCGUCUUGUCAUAAUACAUGUCAGAUGACGUACAGUUUGCACACUUAUCCACGGGAGGAAGCUCUGUACGCCUGCAAGAGAGGAUGCCGUCUCUUCUCCAUCUGUCAGUUUGUGAGUGACAGCAAAGAUCUCAAUGAAACCAAAUCUGAAUGCGAGUCGGCCUGUCGGGAAGCCUACACCCAGUCAGAUGAGCAGUACGCAUGCAAUCUAGGAUGUCAGAGUCAACUACCGUUUGCAGAGCAAAGGAUGGAACAGUUGAUGACGAUGUUGCCCAAAAUCCAUCUCUUAUACCCGCUGACACUGGUUAGGGUUUUUUGGGAAGAGAUGAUGAGCCAAGCCAAUAAUUUCAUCACCUCGUCCUGGACAUUUUACUUCCAGGCAGAAGAUGGUAAAGUUGUCAUUUUCCAGUCUGAGCCGCAAGUUCAGUUUAUGCCCGAGUUUGAAUUUCAGAGAGAGGAGACAGAUGAGCCACAGAGCACUUUUGCAGAUCGUGGAAUGAACAACCCUGUUUAUAAAGACUUUCCAAGGAGUUUCAUCCAGGAGAGAGACCGAGACAUGUUCAUUGAUAGAAGCAACUCUGAGGAUGAUUACAACAUUUUCAGCUGCCUCUCAAGGAACCCAUGGCUGCCCGGCUGGAUCUUGACCACCACUCUGUUUUUAUCUGUCUUUGUUCUAAUCUGGAUCUGCUGUGCCACAGUGUCCACAGCUGUUGAGAAGUAUGUCCCUGCUGAGAAACUAAGCAUAUAUGGGGAUAUGGAGGACAUGAAGAACCAGAAACUGACCCCUUAUGUGCAGUCCUCUCUGGUGGUUAUCAGAUCUCCUGGGGUAGAGGAGAUGGAAGCAGGACCACUUCCAUCAAAGGUCAACCUGGAUCAAUCUAACAUUUAAGAGUCACCUUAACCACGGAGUAGGAACUUCCAAAGGAACUGGUGUCACCAUGCUGUUAAGUCUUACAGAUAGAAAUGUGGUCUUCUCAGUCAACAUUUUGUGAUUAUUGCUUAAAACUCUAUAUUUGACUUUUACUAUGGAUAUUUUGGUUUCUUCUUUUUCAAAGUUGAGAAGUAUGGACUAUGGGAAAUAUUUUAUCGGUACUUUGGCAGUUUAAAGGCAUUACCUUUAAUGAAAACUCUGUAGGAUCUCAGUUUUCCAUAAUUGUUUUCUACCCUUUUGUAGAUAUGAGGUAUGAUUUGUGUGUGUGUGUUCUUAGUGUAAUCAAUAACAGCUUGUGAUUUGAGCUACAAAAUUUGUGUUGCACAGUAAAACUUAAAAUUUUGAUUUAUGCACAAGAACCAGAUAUCUCAGCUAUAUGUGAAAGUUUCUUGAACUGUUUUAGAAUCAGUCUUUUUUUUUUUUUUUUCUUUCAGAUUUGUCAUCUUGAUAUUGUUAAUAAAAAUACCAAAAUGUG